AUGGCGGACGUCGAGGCGAAGGAUGCAGGAGCAGAGCCAACGGGAGAAGAGGGACAGACCCUUUCCAAGAAUGCCUUGAAGAAGCUUGAGAAGCAGAAGAAGCUUGCAGAGGAGAAAGCAGCCAAGGAAGCCGCCAAGGCCAACGAUGAAGAGGAGUUGGAUCCAACCAUGUACUUCGAGAACAGGAGCAAGUGGGUUCUCAGUCAGAAGCAAGGGGAUGGCAACCCGUACCCGCACAAGUUCCAGGUGGACAUGUCGCUCCCUGAAUACCGUAGCAAGUUCGAGUCCAUGAACGAGGGAGAGCAUGACACGAAUACGAUCGUGAGCUUGGCCGGAAGGAUUUGGAGCAAGAGACAGUCUGGCCAAAGCUUGAUCUUCUACGAUCUGAGAGGAGAUGGCGCGAAAGUCCAGCGUGGAGAUGUGAUUGGAGUUGUCGGUCAUCCUGGCAAGAGCAAGAAAGGGGAGUUGUCUAUCUUCCCCAUCAAGGUUCAACUCCUCUCGGCUUGCUUGCACAUGUUGCCCAAGGUGGAUGGCAGCUUGAAGGAGCAAGAAACAAGAUAUCGUCAGCGAUACCUUGACAUGAUAGUGAACGGCAACGUUCGCAACAUCUUCAUCACCAGAUCAAAGAUCAUCAAUUAUCUCCGCAGAUACCUUGACAUGCGCAACUUCGUCGAGGUCGAGACCCCGAUGAUGAACAUGAUCCCCGGAGGAGCUACCGCACGUCCAUUCAUCACCCAUCACAAUGAGUUGGACAUGCGUCUCUACAUGCGCAUUGCUCCUGAGCUGUACUUGAAAAUGCUUGUCAUUGGUGGAUUGGAUCGGGUAUAUGAGAUAGGCAGACAGUUCCGCAAUGAGGGCAUCGAUUUGACUCACAACCCCGAGUUCACGACCUGCGAGUUCUAUCAGGCAUAUGCCGAUUACAACGACCUCAUGAAGUUGACUGAGGAAUUCUUGUCUGGACUGGUCAUGGAAUUGCACGGCACCUACAAGAUUCAGUACCACCCCGAUGGCCCUGGCACGGAGAGGGUGAUGGAUAUGGACUUCACUCCGCCCUUCAGGAGGGUUUCCAUGAUCUCUGGGUUGGAGGAAGUGCUCGGGGUGAAGAUCCCAGCCGAUUACUCGUCAGAGGAGUGCAGACAGUUUUUGGACAAGCUCUGUGCCGAGAAGGAGAAGGAGCUUGGCGAGGUCUUGUGUCCUCCUCCUCGCACCACCGCGAGAUUGAUCGACAAGCUGGUCGGAGAGUACCUGGAGCCGUCCUUCAAUUCACCAACCUUCCUCUGCGACCACCCUGAGAUCAUGUCUCCUCUGGCAAAGUAUCAUCGUUCCAUCCCCAGCCUCACUGAGAGGUUCGAGCUGUUCGUCUGCGGCAAGGAGCUCUGCAAUGCAUACACGGAGUUGAACGAUCCGUUCGUGCAGAGAGAACGGUUUGACGCUCAGGCCAAGGACAAGGCCUCUGGUGACGACGAGGCCAUGUUCAAGGACGAGACCUUCCUCAAUGCUCUCGAGUACGGUCUCCCUCCCACUGGAGGUUGGGGUCUCGGCAUUGACCGUCUUGUGAUGUUCAUGACCGAUUCCAACAACAUCAAGGAGGUUCUCCUCUUCCCCGCCAUGAAGCCAACCGCCGAAUUUCCUGCGCCCAAAUACCCGAACCCUUUUGCCUGA